GGGUUGAGAGGUUGUAUAGAUUUUUUCUUGAUCAAAACCCAGACCACGCUGUUCUGCAAAAGCUCCUGGCUUUCGGAAGUGAGCGAAACUCACGGUCAAGAAUGCUUCCUUCAAUCUUCUCUAGAAGCUUUAAGCUCUUCCCUCUUCUCUCCCGCACUCAAUCCCUCGUUUUUCCCUUUCCUCAAUGUUUCUCCACCGAACCCAUUUCUUCUUCCCACCCCAACCUCCCAGAACCCUACUCAGACCCCACCACUGUCUGUGAGACCCUCUCGUCCUACUGCAACGAUUGGAAGCGUGCUUUCGAGUUUUUCAACUGGGUCGAAACCCAUUUCCGUUUCCAACACAACACUGCUACUUACAACCGUAUGCUUGACAUUCUUGGUAAGUUCUUCGAAUUCGAGCUCUCUUGGGAUUUAAUUCGACGAAUGAAAACAAGCCCAUUAUCGAGGCCAAACCAUACCACGUUUCGCAUACUGUUUAAGCGCUAUAUAUGUGCACAUUUGGUUAAAGAAGCCAUCGACAUGUAUGAUUCAUUAGAAGACUUUGAUUUGAGGGAUGAGAUGUCAUUUUCUAAUCUUAUUGAUGCUUUAUGCGAGUACAAGCAUGUAAUUGAGGCCCAAGAACUGUGUUUUGGGAAGGACAAGAAGUUCAAUAUCAAUGUAAACAGUACGAAGAUUCACAAUAUGAUUCUUCGCGGGUGGUUGAAGAUGGGGUGGUGGGGUAAGUGCAGAGAGUUUUGGGAAGAGAUGGAUAAAAAAGGCGUUUCUAAAGAUUUGCAUUCAUAUACCAUAUAUAUGGAUAUAAUGUGCAAGAGCGGAAAACCAUGGAAGGCUGUGAAGCUGUACAAGGAGAUGAAGACUAAGGGGCUAAGGUUGGAUGUGGUGGCGUAUAAUACGAUAAUUCAUGCUAUUGGUCUUUUGGAGGGUGUGGAUUUUUCGGUUCGUGUGUUUAGGGAAAUGAGGGACUUGGGUUGUCAGCCUAAUGCUGUGACUUAUAAUACAAUUAUAAAGCUCCUCUGUGAAAAUGGGAGGUAUAAGGAGGCUUCUGGGUGGCUCAAUCAAAUGCAUGAGAAAGGUUGCUUUCCGAAUGUCAUUACAUACAAUUGCAUUUUCAGGUCUCUAGAAAAGCCUAGAGAGAUUCUUCUAGUGUUUGAUAAGAUGAUUGAAAGUGGGAUUCGUCCGGGUAUGGACACUUACGUGAUGCUUCUGAGAAAAUUUGGGAGAUGGGGGUUUCUUCGACCGGUUUUUAUUGUGUGGAAGAAGAUGGAGGAACUUGGUUGUAGUCCAGAUGGGUCUGCUUACAAUGCUCUGAUUGAUGCUUUGGUGGAGAAAGGAAUGGUAGAUAUGGCCCGGAAGUAUGAUGAAGAGAUGUUAGCCAAAGGGUUUUCAGCUAAACCAAGGGCUGAGCUUAGGAGAAAGCUUGUGGGUGGAGAAUCUCUUGACAGCAGCUUUUAAGAAGCAGAUUUUUCAAGAACGGUGUUGAUAUAUAAUUGGCAGAAAAUGAAUCUGACAAUGAACCUCUGGGGUAGACUGCAGUGCAGCACUGGGAGUGUUGGAAGGCAGUUCGCCGGUCCUGAGGAACAUUCAUCAUCUGUGACCAAAAUCAAUAGAAUAUAAUUGCACAAGUAGCCUCUUAGGAUGGCUAGGGCAGGCAUGUUUAAGUAAUCAAAUAUGCUUCCUGAAUUUUCUGCUAUUUUGGAGGCAGCUAAAACAUGGUCCUCGCUAAAGUUGGAGCCAUAAAGCAGAGAAGACAUUUGAUUCUGAGGUCAGUGACAUCUUUACAUUUUUAAACUUGUAUCCAUCUGCUAUUUUAGUGCGCAACCUUUUGGCACUAGAAGAAGCUAUUUGGCAACCACCAUGAAUGCAGUUUUCCAAACAAUUGUCUCUCGCUUCCGACAGCACCAAAAAGGUCGCACGCAACCCAGAAUAAGUUGAUCACUUGCCAAGGAAGCGAGCAAAAUGUGCAAUUGUCAAAUGUGGUGGAGAUUAUGGCGGCAAUAGGCGGCCCAAUUUUUGUUAUCGAUUAUGGCUGCAGGAACAUUAUCAUUGAAGUUCGAAGGCGAUGAGUGCGUGGAAAGCUUCAAUGAACAAGGUUCGGAUAUUGAAAGUCAAGCUCCUUUGCGAAGAGAGAUACUUCAAAGACUGGCAAAAAUCAUAUGACUUUCAGAGAUAAUAAAUUAGACAUUGAAGCUUGAGACACACACACGCACAAAAUGUGACAAAUAAAGGGCCUCGGGAGUCGGGAUUCAGUGAUCACCCCUGGGGAAGGCUGCAUGACUCAACUUAUAAAAAAAAAAAAAAAAGUUUUA